AUGCUGCCGUGCCUGGACCGCGCGGCCUUCCGCGGAGACGCCGCCGUCGCCACCGACCAGUCGUACGUGGACUACCUGCUGCCGUCGCGCUACACGCGGGACGGCCGGCCGCUGCUCGAGCCCAUCCCGUACUCCGUGUCCACGCAGUUCCCCGUGCUGUACCUGGCGCGGCACAGCCCGCUGCUGGAGUGGACGGACUUCGUGGUGAGCGGGCUCACCUGCGGCGGCCUGUUCGAGAAGUGGCUGCGCCAGCUGUCGGGCGCCCGGCGC